CGCUCCGCUCUGGGGCUUCGCCGCCAUGUUGGCCGUGAGGGGAAGCGGCGGCCCGGACCCCGCUAAAAUGGAGGCGCGGAGCCCUCAGGGGGUGUAGGGGCUUCGUCCCCUCCCCGACCCCCGGCCCGGAGCCCAUGGAGCGGCUGUAGGGGCGGUGCUUGAACAGCUCCUCACUGCCAGGAUGAGCUCCCCAAGCUCUGCCCAGCAUCCAGCAGCCGAGAAUUCCUGCAGGAUCACCCUUGGACAAGCUCAUCAGGUGAGACCCAAACUGCCGCUCCUGAGGAUUCUGCAGGCUGCAGGUGCCCAGGGCGACACCUUCACACUCAAAGAGGUGAUGCAUUUCCUGGGCCAGUACAUCAUGGGGAGGCAGCUCUACGACAAGAGGCAGCAGCACAUGGUUCAUUGUGGAGGGGAUCAGCUGGGAGAGCUGCUGGGACUGCAGAGCUUCUCUGUCAAGGAUCCCAGCCCCGUGUACGAGAUGCUGAAACGGAACCUGACGGCUGCUGCCCUCUCAGAUGCUGCACAGACUCUCCCAAAGGAGCAGAGCGUCGCUAAGCCCAGCCCAGACCAGCUGAAGCUCAGCCAGGAGGAAGGGUCUGACUCUGGAAUCGUGGAGGGUGACAGCAAAGCCUCUGCUCUGGCUACCUCAGAGCCCAAAAGUGACUCUUGUGAAGACAAAGACUUGAUAGAAAACCUCUCCAAAAGCAAGAAGCCGAAGCUGGACCUGGUGUUUGAGGAAUGGGAUGUGGCUGGGCUGCCUUGGUGGUUUUUAGGCAACCUUAGAAGCAAUUACAAUUCCAGGAGUAACGGAUCCACAGAUAUUCAGACUAACCAGGACAUUGACACUGCCAUAGUUUCAGACACCACUGAUGACCUGUGGUUCCUCAACGAGUGCCCCUUGGAGCAGGGCAGUGCUGGGCUCAAGGUGGAAGUGCUGGACUGUGAGGAGGUUACAGGAAGUGCCACAAAGGUGCCUGAGGAUGUGUGCUUGGAUGAGCUGGAGAAUUCCCAGUGCCUGACUGAUGACACGGACACAGAGGCUGCUUCUGAGGAUUGCUGGCAAUGCUCCAAGUGCAGGAAGUUCAACUCUCCAGGGAAAAGGUACUGCUACCGCUGCUGGGCCCUGCGCAAGGACUGGUACCGGGACUGCCCCAAACUGCCCCAUUCCCUGUCCCUCUCCAACAUCAAUUCCAUGGAAAACCAGGAGCAGGAUGAAGGGAUGGACGUUCCAGACUGCAGGAGGACAAUUUCAGCCCCAGCUGGCCAACCCAAACACCUUUUCCUGGGAGAAACCAAACCCCACGUGGAUCCCGGCAGCUCCAUCGAGUCCUUGGAUUUGGCGCGGGAUGGGAAAAACCGGGAUUUUGCCGAGCUGAAAAAAGAGGAGGAGAUGGAAUCUUUGGAGAGCAUCAAAACCCUGCUGAAUCCCUGCUUCCUGUGCCAGCACAGGCCUCGGGAUGGGAAUAUUGUCCACGGAAGGACUGCUCACCUGGUGGCCUGCUUCAGGUGUGCCAGGAUGCUGAAGAAGAAGAGAUCUCCGUGCCCCGUGUGCAGGAAGGAGAUCAAGAUGGUCAUCAGGAUCUUCAUGGGGUAGUGAGGCUUUCUGCCCCUAAAAUAACCCCAAAAUGAGGAGGGGUUUUUUUUUGCACUCAAAUCCCAGUUCCGGGGCUCAGUGUGUGCAGAUCACAAUGGUCGUUGGGUUAUUCGUGGGUUAGCUGAGCCUUCUGACCCUAAAAUAAGCCCAAAAAGAGGAUUUUUUUUUGCACUCAAAUCCCAAUUCCAGAGCUCAGUGUGCAGGAUCAGGAUGGUCAUCGGGAUCUUCACGGGGUAGCAGGGUCACUUGAGCCCUUCUGCCCCUAAAAAUAACCCCCAAGUGAGGUUUUUUGCACUCAAAAUCCCAUUUCAGUGUGUGCAGGAAGGAGAUCAGGAUGGUCAUCAGGAUCUUCGUGGGGUAGCGUGGCCUUCUGCCCCUAAAAUAACCCCAAAACGAGGUUUUUUGCACUCAAAUCCCAAUUUUAGAACCAAUUGUGCAGGAUCAAGAUGGUCAUCAGGAUCUUCAUUGGGGUAGUGAGGGUUUCUGUCUCUAAAAGAACCCCAAAAAGAGGAUUUUUGCACUCAAACCCCUAUUCCAGAGCUCAGCCAGUGAAACCAAAGAAAAUCAGGAUUUGAAUCCCACUAAGAAUCCUCUGCAGGAUCCACUUUUCCAUGGAAAUCAAACACCUUGGGAUCAAAACCCCAGCUUGGAAAUUUUCCCAAUUUUCCAACUUCAGCCCAAUUUUGCCCCUGGGAUUCUUUAUCCUGACCAAGAAUGGAAGAUUUGGGAAAAGCUGUGACUUCUGGAAUGUUUUUUUUUCCAUAAAUCCAGACCUGUGCAAUUCCUUUGGAGCUGAGAGAUAAAAAAUAGAAAUAAAUAUUUAUGGUGGGAGGGUGGGGGGUUUGUUUUGCAUCAGUUUUCCUGAGAAGAAAAAUAACUUUAUUCCUGAUUUUUUUUUUUAUUGUUUAAGGCAGGCAGGGUGAAGAUUUCCUUGCUCCCAGAUGGGAAGUAAUUCCAGAUUUUUAAUCCACAGCUCUCAGGUCACAAAUCCGAUGGAAAUAAUAAUAAUAAUAAUAAUAAUAAUGGUAUAUUUUGCUUUUU